AUGUUCUGGACCAUCGGCUGCAUCUACGGCGCCUCCUCGGUUAUCUUUGGCGCGUUUGGAGCCCAUGGGCUGAAAAGACACAUCAGUGAUCCGGCAAGGCUCGCAAACUGGUCGACCGCUGCUCAAUACCAGUUAAUCCACAGUGGAGUCCUCCUCCUGACGGCAGCAGUGGCCCCAAAGAACAAGGUGGCCGCCACCCUUUUCACCGCUGGGAUGACAAUGUUUAGUGGGAGUCUUUACCUGCUCGUUCUGGAUCCUCAGCGAUUCAAGGCUUUGGGCCCCGUGACUCCCCUUGGGGGUAUGUGCUUGAUUGCCGGAUGGGCAGCACUCGCUUUCGCCAGUCGAGGCCGAUUUGUUCAGUAG